UCUAUUCUAAGCCUAGUUGAAGAGGAGGAUCACUGUCGCCACAAACAAAGAGACACAAAGAAAGUUCUUAUCGUCGGAUAAAGAAAAAAUGGAUCUACAAAAGUCCACCGGUUUUCCAAACAUCCAUUCGGUUUACAAAUAUUGCAUUUGUGAUCGAAAGCGCAAUGUUAUUUAUUGCAAUCUCUGCAAGCAAUCUUUCGUGGGACGCAUCUCUCAGCUGUGCCCCAAACAUCCUGAAGUGACUUUUCUAAUGGAUGCUCGUCAUUGUGCAUUCUGUGGGGCCCAUGUUAGUUAUUUGCAGAUCACUGACCAGAAAUGAGACGCAAUAUAGAAGUAUUAAAACGCAAUGCUGUCGUUGACGAAGCUUGCAAAUACAAAUAAACAUUCAUCGUGAAGACACUAUACAUAAGCAUAAUGUAUACAUCCAUACGUACAUAUUUUGAAAUAAAGGGAAUUAUGUAAAUAAA